CUUCCCUCACGGGGAGCCAGGCCCGUGUGCCUGCGAGCCCCGCCGGCCGCGGGAGGCGGAGCCGGCCCGGCCCGGCCCCUUCCCUCACGGGGAGCCAGGCCCGUGUGCCUGCGAGCCCCGCCGGCCGCGGGAGGCGGAGCCGCCCCGCCCCUAUUUAUGCUGAGCCCCGCCAGGAGCGGCGCCGUGAGUGUGGGGCGGAAGCGCCCGGCGCCUCCUUCCUCUCGCCCGGGUGCAGGCGACGAGGAUGAGCCAAAGAGACACCCUGGUGCAUCUCUUUGCCGGCGGGUGUGGAGGUACUGUUGGUGCAAUUCUGACAUGUCCACUGGAAGUUGUAAAAACACGACUGCAGUCCUCCUCUGUGACUCUCUACAUCUCUGAAGUUCAUCUCAACACUGUGAAUGGUGCUACCGUCAACCGAGUAACCAGAGUUUCUCCUGGACCUCUCCAUUGUCUGAAGAUGAUCUUGCAACAUGAAGGCCCUCGUUCUCUGUUCAGAGGGCUGGGUCCUAACUUAGUUGGCGUUGCUCCUUCCAGAGCAAUAUAUUUUGCUGCUUACUCAAAUUGCAAGGAAAAGUUGAACAAUAUUUUCAAUCCAGAUUCCACGCAGGUACACAUGAUUUCAGCUGGUGUGGCAGGCUUUACUGCAAUCACAACUACUAAUCCCAUUUGGUUGGUAAAGACACGAUUGCAGCUUGAUGCAAGGAAUCGAGGAGAAAAGCGAAUGAGCGCUUUUGAGUGUGUCCGCAAAGUUUAUCGCUUGGAUGGCUUUAAAGGCUUUUACCGUGGAAUGUCCGCAUCCUACGCAGGCAUAUCUGAGACUGUUAUUCACUUUGUCAUUUAUGAGAGUAUUAAGAAAAAAUUACUGGAGUAUAAGACUGCUUCUGCCAUGGACAAUGAGGAUGAAUCAGCUAAAGAAGCAUCGGACUUUGUUCGAAUGAUGAUGGCUGCUGCCACUUCCAAAACAUGUGCAACUUCAAUAGCAUAUCCCCAUGAGGUUGUACGAACAAGACUAAGAGAAGAGGGAACAAAGUACAGAUCUUUCUUCCAGACACUCUCUUUGCUUGUGCGAGAGGAGGGGUACGGCUCGCUUUACCGAGGUUUAACUACACACCUGAUCAGACAGAUUCCAAACACGGCUAUCAUGAUGUCCACCUAUGAAGUUGUAGUCUACUUACUUGAUGGAUAGCAGUGUGACAAGGUGGAAGAAGGUGGAAGACUGAGACUGGAGUGGACCACUGAAUGUCAAUGCCAAUGUGGUGGGCAAAAGGAGUGUUUUAUCGGGAACAAGCAGCUGUGGACAAAACAGAAGGUUGAUUGUGGGCAACUCUGAAUAAUUUUGCUGCCUUUGUGUGGUCUCAUGUCAGUGUGACAAAUGGGAACUCCCCUUAGGGAAUGCCUUCAUACAUCUCUUAAUUCAAAGUUAUUCUUUUCAUCUGUUAAUCUAGACAAAGCCAUCGAGUCAUCUUCAGAGACCCGAUGGGUGAGGGAGGGGACGUGAAAUAUGUUCCUGGGCAGUCCUAUUACCUUCUCUUAGUGAUUGCUCUCAACUACAUCAUUUUUGUUCUGUUUUACUGCACAGUAAUCUGUUGGAAGAAUAGGCAAGACAGUACUUUUAUAGCUUUCUAUACCUGAAAUUUCGAUGUAGUUGCUCUGAAGAUUCAUAAAGAGACUGAGGUAGUGGUAAGUGUGUAAAGUUUUCCAUGUUGCUACCUCAAGACAAAAUAUGGUGCAGGGACUCAGAAAGUUAUUUCUUCACUACAAAAGGUGUGAUACCUGUUGUAGCUUUUUGGUUUUGAUUUUUCUUUUUUUUUUCCUUGACAUUUGAGCUGUGUUGUAGCUUAGUGAGAGAGGAUCUGAUUGUUCAACUUCAGGUUAUCAGUCUGUUAAUGUUGGUAUGUGGACUUCUGGUCCUGUUGCAUCAUCCUUUUUCUUUUCUCGAACAUUUCUUAAGUAAGAGAGGCCUAUGAAACAUUGUCCUGUAUCAUCAAUUUUCCUUGCCAACCUGUUCAGGUCACUCACACAGCUAAGGAAGAACUUGCUGAAUGCUACUUUAUAGCCUUUUUAAGGAUUAGUAAUGUGAUGAGAAACCUAGUCCAGUCUCCCUUUUGUGAAGACAGGAUUUACUCCGUUUCAUGCUGCCUAAGCACAACCUGUAUUACUCUUAAAUAUCUGGCAGCUCCUGCCUUGGAUUGCCAGUAUUUAUAUGGGAGUACUGGGGGAGAACACACAUCACUGUGGCUAGGGUGACCAGAAAGCAGAAACCCGUUGAAGUUGUGAUCUUGUGCAGGCAGGGUCUGUGCAGCAGAAGGAUGGAGAAAUUGUAAGUUGUAUUUUUUUGAAAGCAUUCUCCCUGAUAAUUGCUGUAUCACUUCUGUCAGCUUGAGCCUGUGUACUGAGCUAUAAUCUUGUCCUCCACAUUGUCUUAUAAUUCAGGCAUUGGUUUUGUUCUGUAAGGCAACUGCAAAAUAAUGCCUUGUAUUCAGCAGUGAGGCUUGGCUGAUUUUUAUUCUGUCAUAAUUUACAGAAUUUUCCAAAAUCAUACAACUGGAGUGUCAAGCAGUUUAUUGUUAGGAAGUUUUACAGCUUUCCAGACAGGUAUCUUCCCAGUUUUCAUCCAUUAUCCUUAUAAGAAAGAUGAUAAUAUAUAAAUUGGGGUCAAUAGCUUUCUCCAUAUAAAUGCUGCUACACUGGCAUGGACUGGACUGUGCUCUCAGCUCUGCCAGUGUGGUAUUUCAGUACACUUGAACUGUGCAUCAUGUGCAAUGGCUUUAUUUUAUGAAUGACUUCUUAUGCACUUUGUGGCCUUCUUAGGGCUUAUGACUUUUCUUCCUCUUACUGAAAUCUGGAAUCAAACAGUGUUUGAAACAUGGAGUUUGGCUUUAAACAAAGCAUGUGGUUUGAUUUCUGUGUAAGCUGUGCAGGAGUUUAUACUGUAAAUCCAUAGCGUCUUUGUGGCAGUGCUUCUCUAGGCUCUGUGUAAAACCUCAAAGCUUGCAGAACAAUCAGACUGGGUUUUUCUUGUUUGCUUUCCUUUAUUUUGACCCUUGUCGUGCUCUCCACACAGUGUCAAAGUAUUUGAGUAUUUCAUGUAAUUCACUGUAUUAAUUCCUCAUCCUCUAAAAGCCACCCAUAGUAAGUACAUUGACCUUGCAGUGCUCUAUUGACUUCCCUGCUUGGAAAAUGUUCCCUUUUUAAAGACAUAGCAUGGUCUGAGGGGUGACCAUAGUGAACCUGAUUGUCUCAAAGAAGUGAAAGGAGUGCUUAAAUGUGUUUUAAAGUGGGCUUUUUCUAGUGGUCUGUCUAGGAAAAGACUGGAGUAUAAAUAUGGCUGAGCUAAGAUUUGAUGUGAUGCUUUUGUUCAGAUAAAUAAAUGCAGAAAUAGUGACUCCCUGUAAUUUUUGUGAUGUAGAAAGUGGAUCACUCUUCAGGUUAUCUAGAUCACUUAGUCCUAGCCAAAACGUAAAUUGGCAAAGAUCAUUCUCAGCUUUGGAGUUCAUGAAUACAGUGAACACUUGGAGUAGCCUAGGUUUCAUGAGAGUUUCUCUCCUCUGUUUGGAUACCUUGUCCCUUGGUUCUGUGUUUGUCUCCCAUUCCUGGAUAUUCCCUGGAAUUCCCUGGGUACUGCAUGUGUGCCUUCUCUGGGUGAGAGCAGAGCCCCUGGAGCUGGUAAAUAGGACAUGUUAAUUAACAAGGACAAUUGAAUAUGGGAGAUAACAGCUAAAAGCAGACAAUCAGCUUAUUACUCCACCUCUUUAAAGGGUGUUCCAGCUUUGUUUUAAACUUCAGGGGUGAUCGUUUUGGCUUCCUUUGCAUAACCAAACACAACCCCAAAAUUUCUUGGGAUUUUUCAUUAUUUUUAAACUAUGAGUACCUGCAAAAUUACCUCUGAUAUAUUUCCCAAAGAUCUUUAAAUUAUUUAUAUGGUUUUCUUGAUGUUUAUUGUAAACUCUCGGGGAGUAACAAGAUGCUUCGUUCAAUAAUAUCUUAAACUACAGAGCCGAAAGCAGUGUAUUUAAACUUGGUCACCUUGGUUUGCAGUUGGAUGUCAUGCGUUUCUGUGCCGCUGGUGUGUGCUAGAGGCCAGGCUGUUGCCGAGCUCCUCAGUGAUGAAUUCCUUGCUCUUUUCCGGGCUGCGAUGGAGCCGCGGUGGGAGCGGGCGGGCCGGCAGGCGGCGCUGGGCAGUGUCCGGGAAUGGCCCCGGGCCCGCCGAGCGUGUGUGCCCGGCUCUGCUCUGCGAGCCUGGAGCUGCGCUUACAGAGGCUGGGAAACCUGCUUGUUGUAGCUGUACCCGAGACAUGGCCUGUCCUUAGCCAUUAACUGCCCCUAUCUCUGUUUACAUAACGCACUCCGCAUCUUCCCUGGCUGAUUGAGGUGUUCAUGACAGCGGAUUGCUUGUUUGUCAGUGACCGUUUCUGCAACAUUUAAAAGAAUGCUUCCAGAGACAAGAGUGGAGAGCCUUUAUAAGUGUUGCUUCCUGUUUAAACUGUUCAGAUUUGGAAAACAAGUUAAAUGCUAAAGUGUGCCUAGGUAAAUGUACUACUUUUUUCAACUUUCUGUCUGUUCAGACUGAGUUAUGUAAGUUUUUUUCAGUUCUUCUAUUUAAGAGUCUGCCUACCCUGCAUAUGUGAACAUAACUAUGCCCUCAGAGUCAUAGCUAAACACUCACAGAUGACAGAUGGAGAAUACUUCAGUACUCAUGUGAGGUUUGCUAUUAUUCUUGCAUACAUGUAGUUGGCUGUAAACUAUGUGCUUUUACUCUGUAUUUAUAUAGUUAACUUUUUGUUUGCAUUGCUUUAAACUUCAAAGCAAAUUAAAAUUAUGUGCUUCUGUUCAAAUGUUGCCUGCUGUGCUAAACUGUACACUGUUUUUAACAUUUUAAUUUUUCUAUUAUUGAUACAUACCAGUGCCUGCACAGUUGUGAUUAAAAAUGAAAAAAUCAUUAA